CCCCGCAUGGCCCCGUGGUGUAGGAGCGGCUCAUGCACUGCUUAUCCACACUGGCAGCACAGCUCCGGAUGCCCUGGGACCACGCUCAGAGCGGCAGGAAAUUAAAGCACCGAAAAAAUAGUCACAGCAUCUGUGGUCUGGUUUGGACGAAGAACAGCUACUAUGGAAGAAAGCGAAAAGGACCUGUGUGCAGUGGUGCAAGGACUAUGGGACCAUGAUGUGAAUCGACUGCAGCCUGGGAAAGACUACAGCAUCUCUCUGCAGGGAAGAGCUGGGGAUGCAGUGACCACCAAUGAUGACAACGACACAGCUCAUUCACCCUUAUUCCUGUUUGUGAAUGAAGAGAUUUUCCAAAAGGAGACAUUUUUAGCUUUCAUUUCCUUACUUGACAACUACGAGAGUGACACAGGAGAGCCUGAGGUCGUGACUCCUGAAGAGACAGCUGAAAACCACAGGUUCCUCAAUGCCGUUAUGGACACCGCAGUCAUGAAGAUUACUCACAAGUACCUUGCAGAGAGAAAACUCUCUCCCACAGACACAGAGGAAUUUAAGCAACAACUUUAUCAUAUGUGGUUUGAACUAUAUGCCAGAAAGGGAUCAAGCAGACCAGAUUCCUCUGGGUUUGAGCAUGUGUUUGUUGGAGAGACCCGUGGCAGUCACACAGUAAUUGGAUUCCACAACUGGAUCCAGCUGUACCUGCAGGAGCGGCUGGGACACAUUGACUACAGGGGAUAUAAUUUGGAUGCAGACUCCCCAGAACCUGACGGGAAUAAACAUAUGCUGGCCCUGCAGUUCAGCUGGAAGAAUGGGAUUAAACCGAAGGGCAGCAUCUUUAUAGGCGUCAGCCCCGAGUUCGAGUUCGCCCUGUACACCCUCUGCUUCCUGAGCUCACGCCACGAGAGACUCAGGGUCUCCUUUAGCCUUUACGAGGUCGACAUCGUGUGUUACCACCACAAUCACACGCACAUCGGCACUACGUAUCCUGUCCUCAUCAGAUACAGGCCCACCUGAUCAAGUUAGGCUAAAGGAAAUCUUAGUGCUGGGAGUCUUUUCUUUUGUGUUUUUAUUUCAAAUCAUAAUAAAACUUACAAAACGUU